CACAUACUUCCAUGCACUUCCUUGCCGCGCGCUUUCCCUCUUGGCUCUUCUCAAUCUCCAAAGAAUAAAAAGAGCACCCAAAGCAAAAACAAAAUCUGUUUUCCCUCUCCGCAGAUAUGAAGAAUUAAACCGAGGAGAUACAAGACAAAAGGCCAUUAAUUUGAGUACCAAAGAGGGAGGGAUAGGAACUUAGGAGUUUUCAAGUGGAACAUGUUGAGACCUGACAUUUGCAAGUUAUUGAUAUUGUUUUCUUUGUUUUGUUCUGCUCCAGCGUCUGUGACUUAUGAUCACAGAGCUAUUAUGAUUAAUGGGCAGAGAAGGAUUCUGAUAUCUGGGUCCAUUCACUAUCCAAGAAGCACUCCUGAGAUGUGGCCUAAUCUUAUACAGAAGGCCAAAGAAGGCAAUUUGGAUGUUAUACAGACAUAUGUGUUUUGGAAUGGACACGAGCCUUCUCCAGGACAAGUAAUGGAAAUGCAUUUAAUUCUAUUCUUUUUCUAUAAAUAUUGUGUUUUUUUCCCGAUCGACAAUAUUCUCAUUGCUUUUUAUUUUUCUAUCACUUUUCAGUAUUAUUUUGAGGAUAGGUAUGACUUAGUUAAGUUCAUCAAGCUGGUAGAACAAGCAGGCCUAUAUAUUCAUCUACGGAUUGGCCCUUAUGUUUGUGCUGAAUGGAACUUUGGGGGAUUUCCUGUUUGGCUGAAAUAUGUUCCGGGAAUUGCUUUCAGAACAGAUAAUGGGCCAUUCAAGGCGGCAAUGCAACAAUUUACAGAAAAGAUUGUGAGUAUGAUGAAAGCAGAAAAGUUAUUUGAAACUCAGGGUGGUCCUAUCAUCCUGUCUCAGAUUGAGAAUGAAUUUGGACCAGUAGAAUGGGAAAUCGGUGCCCCUGGUAAAGCUUAUACCAACUGGGCAGCACAAAUGGCUUUACGUCUUGACACUGGUGUCCCGUGGGUUAUGUGCAAACAAGAGGAUGCCCCUGACCCCGUUAUUGAUACCUGCAAUGGUUUCUACUGUGAAAACUUCCAGCCAAACAAGAAGUAUAAGCCCAAAAUGUGGACAGAAAACUGGACGGGUUGGUACACCGAGUUUGGUGGUCCAGUUCCUCAUAGGCCAGCAGAAGACUUGGCAUUUUCAGUAGCAAAGUUCAUUCAGAACGGUGGUUCUUUUGUUAAUUAUUAUAUGUACCAUGGGGGAACUAACUUUGGCCGGACAGCUGGUGGUCCCUUUAUUGCAACCAGCUACGAUUAUGAUGCUCCAAUUGACGAAUUUGGACUUCCAAGGGAACCAAAAUGGGGACAUUUGAGAGAUCUGCAUAAAGCCAUAAAGUUAUGUGAAUCUGCUUUAGUUUCUGGAGAUCUGACCAUGACCACACUAGGAAGUAAUCAAGAGGCUCAUGUAUUCAAGUCAAAGUCUGGUGCCUGUACUGCAUUUCUUGCCAAUUAUGACACAAAAUCCUCUGUAAAGGUGUCCUUCGGAAGUGGACUAUAUGACCUGCCACCUUGGUCCAUUAGCAUUCUUCCCGACUGCAGAACUGUAGUUUUCAACACUGCAAGGCUUGGUGCUCAAAGCUUUCAGAUGAACAUGAUGCCCGUAAAUAGCACAUUUUUAUGGGAGUCAUACAAUGAAGAAACUGUCUCUGCUAAUGAUGAUGGUUCAACUGAAAUGAGCGGACUCUGGGAACAAAUAAAUGUCACAAGAGAUACUACAGAUUAUUUGUGGUACAUGACAGAUGUCAAGAUAGAUUCAGAUGAAGGAUUUCUAAAGAAUGGACAAUCUCCCAUUCUCACAAUAUUUUCAGCAGGCCAUGCUUUGCAUGUUUUCGUCAAUGAUCAACUAUCAGGAAAUGUUUAUGGGGGACUGGAGAAUCCUAAAUUAACUUUUAGCGACUCUGUGAAUCUGAGGGUUGGCAUUAACCAGAUUUCUUUACUGAGUGUUACUGUGGGGCUUCCGAAUGUUGGCCUGCAUUUUGAGAAAUGGAAUGCUGGGGUUUUAGGCCCAGUCAUGUUGAAGGGUCUCAAUGAGGGCACAAGAGAUUUAUCGAAGCAGAACUGGUCUUACAAGAUUGGUCUAAAAGGUGAAGCCUUAAGCCUGCAUACUGUUAGUGGGAGUUCCUCCGUUGAAUGGGUGGAAGGAUCCUUACUGGCUAGGCAACAACCCUUGACAUGGUACAAGACUUCUUUCAGAACACCAGAAGGCAGUGAUCCAUUAGCUUUGGAUAUGAAUAGCAUGGGAAAAGGUCAAAUAUGGAUAAAUGGCCAUAGCAUUGGACGCCAUUGGCCUGGAUAUAAAGCACAGGGUGAUUGUGCAGAUUGUAGUUAUGCUGGAAGUUACGACGAUAAGAAAUGCCGGACUAAUUGCGGAGAGGCCUCUCAAAGAUGGUACCAUGUUCCACGCUCAUGGCUGAAUCCGAGUGGGAAUCUACUGGUUGUGUUUGAAGAAUGGGGCGGUGAGCCAAGUGGGAUUUCUUUAGUAAAAAGAACGAAGGUAAGUAUAUGUGCUGAUAUCUCUGAAGGGCAGUCGAAAAUGAAGAACUGGGGCAUACUAACCUCCGGUGAACUCAAUAGACCCAAAGCUCAUUUAUGGUGCCCACCUGGUCAGAAAAUCUUUCAAAUAAAGUUCGCUAGCUAUGGACAACCUCAAGGAACAUGCGGAAACUUUAAGGAAGGAAGCUGUCACUCGGACAAGUCCUAUGAUGUGCCUCAAAGGAAUUGCAUUGGAAAGCAAUCUUGUUCGUUAGGUGUAGCUCCCGAAGUUUUUGGAGGAGAUCCAUGUCCAGGUAACAUGAAGAAGCUUUCAGUUGAGGCCACCUGUGGCUAAAUAUAGCAGCUUCCAUAACACGGAAUAAAAGAUGAGCAAGGAGUACAUCUGCAGAACAUAAACAUCUACACAUCCAGGAUUACCAAAGGCAAUUAAUUCGGCUUUGCAGAAGGGCAGCAGUGUGGAGCCAUGCCACGCUGAGCACACUCCACCUGGCCAAAGCCUGAUGUAGAGAAUGAAGAUUAUCAUUCUAAAGAUGCAUCCAAUAUGCUUUGUAUGUAUAAGCAAACUGUCAUUUGUCAAAGAGCUUUAUCUAAGCAUGCAUCCAAUAUGCUUUGUAUGUAUAGGCAAACUGUCAUUUGUCAAAGAACUUUAUACAUUAUACAUAGAGGUUUUAAUGCAACUUGAGAACCUUUAAACACUGGAGACGGGCAAAUUUUCACUUGCUUGUUGAUUGUGAUGUAACGUUCUGGGUGAAAGCAGUUGCCUCCCGGAAAAAUUCAAUUGAAAGUUAUAAGUACUGGCCUCUGUAUGGCGUUUUGAUUUGUUAACUAUCAAA